UAGAAACAAUGUCGGAGGAGUCUCUCUCAAAGGAAUUGGGUCAAUCGGGAACCUUGAAGUCAACAGGGACAGCAGUAGAAUCUAAUAUACUCCACACCGCUGAUUCCUUUAUGGGCGAUGACGGUCAUAUACCGGAUCUUAAGUCGGAUACCGGAUCCCAAACUGAUAAGGACGGAGACUCCAGGGAUGGAUCGCUCUACGAUUGCAACAUAUGUCUGGACACCGCUCACAAUGCCGUGGUCACCAUGUGCGGUCACUUGUUUUGCUGGCCCUGUCUGCUUCAGUGGCUCCUGACUGAGCCCAGUCGCAGUCUCUGUCCCGUUUGCAAGGCGGCCGUGGAUAAGGAUAAGGUCAUUCCCCUCUACGGACGAAAUAGUACGCGUAGAGAGGAUCCUCGGGAGGGAAUUCCUCCACGUCCCGCUGGACGCCGCACAGAACCGGAGGCGGAAGCAGGAUCCAACCAUUUAUUCGGUCACGUUUUUCACAUGUCCGUUGCCCUUGGCUUUCCUUUCGGCUUCAUUUCAUCAUCUCUAAAUUGGGCCGCGCAACGUAAUGCGGCUGCUAAUCGCGGAACAACGCAGUUUCAGGACGAACAGAACCUUUCCAAGUUCUUUCUUUAUAUGGCCUUUGUACUUAUCGCCUGGCUGGUUUUUGCCUAGCAAACUGGGAACUACUGGGUAAUCCCUCAUCCAAAUUUGUAUGAAAACGGGAA